AUGCGCCUCCACCUCCUCACAUGGCUGCUCGCCGCAGCGACUGCUGUUGACCUCGGCAAGACGACAUACAACCUCAAUUUGAUCGUAGAGGCCGGCAAAACCACCUAUGAAGCGACGCGCGACGACGCCGACGCUCUGCUGAAGCAUGCGGUGGAUAACGGCAUGGGCACGAGCGUGCAACUAUUGCUGCGGUCGGCGGCGGACAAGGUGCGCCGUUCACUUCUGGAAUUAGAAGCAAAGCAAGCGACGGAGAGCAAGCUCUCGGAGACGAAGGACGAGGGCCCGCCCCAAACGCUCACGAACGCGACGGUCGGCGUGCGUGCUCUCAAAUCCACGUUCGCCAAGCCCAAGAAAUCCAACGCGAUGAAGCGCAUGACCGUGGCCGACUUUGCGAAGGCGGUCGAAGACGGCAAGGCCGCCUCUUUACUAAAAAAGCCUCUGAUCGUCGAGGGCGGCGUCGGGGCGCUCGACGAGCUCCGCUCCCUGCUGAGCGCCGAAGCGCUCAUGGGCCAUGCAGGCGUCACGCUAGAAUACUUCACGCCGGCCGUGUCAAAGCAGAAGCGCACCUUCGAGGAGAACCAGCAACCGCAAGAAUGGGAGCACAACGACGUGUCCGUCGAGCGGUACUUCGUAAACUGUUUCAACCUACGAGCGAAGCCGGACUUCCGCAAGAGAGGCGGCGCGCAGACGGAACAUUGUGAGCAAGACGUCGCGUGGUCAACCUUCUUCGGCGGCAACGCGACGGGCCUUCUGACGGAGUCCCUGGAGGUGGCGGGCGCGGCCCUCGACGCCGACCUCGGACGGACGCGGUUCCUGCUGAAGGCGGUUUCAAAUGGCGUGGACGCGGCGAAGAUGGCAUUGAAGAGCGCGUCGACGCGGCUCGUGGUCGGUCCCGCCGGCGCGGGCGAGCACCUGCGCCAGCAGCCGACGCCGCUGCUCGACGGCCUUGUGCACGGGGAGCGGCGGUGGUUCACGAUGCAGCCGGACACCUUCAUGAAAUUACGGAGCAAGGCCGAAGCCUCCGGGGCCUUGGAGCCGUCGUCGGCCUUCGUGUUUUUUGAAUCUCAGCUCGAGGAGCUCGUCGAAGAUUUGGAUCUGGGGGCGAAGGGGCUGAGCUACCGGGAAGGAAGUCAAAAGCCGGGCGACGUCGUAUUUAUUCCCCCUUCCACUAUAUUUACGUCGCUGACGUACGCGGACGCGGCGUCGGUGCGCGGCACGCUUGGGACUGCCGGCGACGCGCUGUGUGGAAUCUACACGCAAUCGAGCAGAUGCAGUCCCGGGGAUGACGUCGCGUCGCUGGCGUGGGGCGUCCGAAAUUUGAUUCCACACAGGCGACGCGGCGAACGCGGUAGAUGCAAAGCUCUGGGCGCCGGAGGGCGCGCGGAUUCCCGACAACGUCGCGGCGGCCGCGUGCUACGGCGACCACUUCGACGCCCAGCAGGCCCAGUCCUCGGCCGCGAGCGCCGGCGCCCGCAUUUCGCAGGCCGGCGCGCAGGUCGCGAUGAUGGCGCAGCAAAUCCUGCCGCAGAUCUUUCCGACGGCCGCACACCGUGAUUCCCUCGCUCUCGGAGCCCUCGCCGACUGCGCGGGCUUCCGGAGCGUGUCUGGUUCGUUAGCUGGGUCGCAGUGCCGGGCUGUGUGGAAAUCAAAUUUUACGGCGCGUUCGCGCUGAAUCGCCGCGUCGACCUCCACGCCAUCGACGCGACACCUGCUCGAUGGCGUGGCGAUGCCGGUUCCUCACCGCUCGACGGAGCCAGCACGGCAGCGUCAUCGCCGAGAAAUGACUUAGUGAAGAAAGAAUUUUCGGGUGCACCCGACACACUGGUUGAUUUCCACACAGGUGCCGGGCACACGCGAGGCCGUGCGCGCGGACGCUCGGCAUCGCGGGCGAGGACUGGGUCGCGGGCGUGCUCGCGUAAUCAAGCUAAUUGUUAAGUGGCCUAGUAAUACUUCGGCUGCUGCUUGCUGGAGCCGCGUAGUACUAGUAGUAGAGCUAUUUGUCAAAUGCGAGUGGC